AUGAAGAGUCAUGGCCAAGUGAGCGUCGAAGCGAUAAAGCGAAAAAAUGAUGAAAUAGACGAGACCUUUAACAUGUUUGCCGUCGCUCACGUUAAUGUCCACAGUCAGCUUGUUGAGCGGAGCGAAAUAAAACAAUCAGAACAAUAUUAUAAAGAUGAAUACGACGAAAUACAGCUAUUGUACAAGAGAGUAAACCUGUGGAUCGAGGACAUGGAGGAAAGAACUAGACUUCAAGUCGAAGAUGAAGUAAAUCCUGAAGAUUCUGCCAGCCAGAGAAGCGCCACAGGACGAUCAAUAACAAGUAACCUAUCCAAACAACACUCAACAUCCAGCUCAACUAAGCUACCAUUGGUUGAAGAAGCAGCUAACCGGAAAGCGCUCAAAGCUAAACUCGAACUACUGGGAGAAAAACAAGCUUUAGCCGAAAGACGACUCAAGCUACAGAAAACAAGAGAUGAAGAGAAUAUGCGCCUACAGCAGGCCGAAGAGCGAUUGACAGUUAAAUCUGAAUUGGCUGAAUGUUAUGCAAGAGAGAAAGUAUUUGCCGAAGCCGAAGCAGCAGAGCGUGGGACGUCUUUGAAUAUUAAAGAACCAUUGUCAAGGCCGGCAAAGUCAACAUCAAUGAAGCAUGAACAAUCAAUGUCGGGGGCGUCAAACAGUCUCAAAUCGGACAAUAGACCAUAUGAAGACAAUAGCGAAGUAUUGAGUCAAACAAAACGGCAAUUAAUGAACUCUGUUCGUAACCGUGAAAUAAAUCCUUUAACCUUGAAUGAUUUAUUCAUACAACAACAAACGAAUGCGAUGGCGUUGGUGUUCCUUUGUUUGGUGGGAAUGCGAUGGAAUAUUGCGACUUUAUUCGAGCGUUUGAAAACAUCAUUGAAGCAAAUACAAAGAGCUCCAGCGCAAGAUUGUAUUACCUUAUAUAGGCUGGAUUGAUAUCGCAAAUACCGAAUACCGAUAUACCGCCAUCAGAAUACCAGUAAAUACCGGUAUUCCGGUAUUUUUAACGUGUUUUUUUUUAAGCCAAACUGAAGUGCUGACCGUCAAGAAAAAUCAAGUUUUGACAAAAUAUUAAUGUAGCAUAUCCUGUUAUUAGUGCAAAUGUCACAAGAUUCGCAUUAUCAAGCUAUGUUAACAAUUAACAGCGCUAAGCGGCAAUUAUUGGUAGACCGUCGAUUGGGGGUCGAAGUGUUGAAUCAUUCAGAAAAAUAUUCGUUUUGUAUAUAAAUUCAGAUAGUGUUUCAGUAAGUUGCUAAUAGUUAUAAACAUAAGAAACGUUGCAUUUUUAAAACUAACACAUAAACAAGUUAGCAAGCAUGUAAAAAAACUAGAAAAGCCAGAAAAGGUUUUCGCUGCUUCGCAAAUGCUAGUACUUCCACCUUCCAAAAUCAAAGUUUUCUUUUUUGUCGAAAUUUUCCUUUAAAAAUUUCGCCAUUUUUAUCACAGAAUAAGAACCUUUUAUAUUUCCGAUUAAGGCGAUUUAAUAAACAAGACGUCUGGUAUUGCUUAACCAAAGCCGCUAGAACUGUAAGAACAAAAUCAUGCAUCUGUGAGUAUUAACUUUGCUUUCUAAACGUGAUUGUAAGCAAGUUUGACUUGAAAGAGCGUUUCAUUUCGGUAUUAGGCAGCAAAAUACCGAAAUAUCGGUAUAUCGGUAUUUUUAAAUUGUCAAUAUCGCCAAACCGGUAUCUAAACAAAUACCGGUAUAUCGGAUAUAUCCGGUAUAUCGAUCCAGCCUAACCUUAUACAAUAUACAACUGAGGAAGUACAAGAGCUAAUGCGUAGCUGUUCGGCGAUGGAUCCUGAAAGAGGUUAUCUGGAAGCAAGAAAACUUUUAAAGAAAAGAUUCGGUCAGAAUUAUAGAAUUGCCACAGCCUAUGUCGAUAAACUCACGAAAGGACCAGUUAUUAAAAGAGAAGACAACGCAGCCAUUCAACGAUUGUCGGUUCAGUUAACAUCGUGUAUGAACACGCUUACUGAAAUCGGUUAUAUGAGCAAGAUCGAGAACCCAGAGUGCUUGAAGUUAAUCAUUGCAAGACUACCAUACGAUACGAGAAAAAGGUGGCGUGUCAUCGCCAAUAAUAUAACUGAGGAUGAAGAGAGAGAAAUUUCCCUUCGCGAUGUCACACAAUUUGUCGACAAGCAAGCACGAAUCGUCAAUCAUCCCGUGUUUGGUAAUAUUUUAGCCGAUUAUGACCAUACUGGCAAGAAGAUCAGAAACGAGAAACUGAAAGGGACUAGUUUAGCUACGCAAGCUGGGAAAGGGAACGAUGAUACCAAACAGAGACGCAACUUUGACAAUGUUGAAUCACCAAGGCUAAUUAAGAAUUGCAUUGUUUGCAACCAAGCCCAUACACCGGAAGAAUUCCGAGCUAUGUCCUACGAAAAACGCAUAGAACUUGUCAAACGUAAAGGUUUAUGUUUCAAUUGUUUAACACCUCAUCACAUGGCAAAGGAUUGUCGAAGACAGAAAAGUUGCAAAGAGUAUAGUCGAAGACAUUCUACAAUGUUGCACCUAACUCCCUCAAGAAACGAUCAGCGAUUGGGAAGUCAACGCACUUUAUCGUCAGCCGAGAAACAAGUCCAAACAGCAGAAAGUUUUACCAGUAACGAGCGAUCGUGUACAUUUACAGACGUGCCAAGAUUAGCAGUUGGCCUAUCAGUUGUUCCAGUCAAGGUUAAAGUCAAGAAGGGCGGACACCGAGAACGCUAUAUCUCAACUUAUGCUUUAUUGGAUGGCGGGUCAAACACUACGUUCUGCACGGAGAUUCUUAAAGAUCAACUGGGUUUGACAGGUGAUACAACCAAAUUCUCACUAACAACUAUGACAAAAAAGAACAAAGAAACGAAAAGUAUUGUCAUUAGUCUCGAAGUGUAUGAUCUUGACGAAAACGUUUUCCUUGAACUACCAACAGUGUUCACAAUGCCUUCAAUGCCAGUAACUCAAGACGAUAUACCCAAGCAAGCUGACGUAGAUCGGUGGCCACACUUAAACGGAAUACGAUUGGAGUAUAUAAAUGCAGACGUUGGUUUACUGAUUGGCAAUGAUAAUAUUAAAGCACUCAAGCCGGAAGAAAUACGUAGAGCAGAGAACGGCAGUCCUUACGCUGUUAGAACACAGUUUGGAUGGGCAUUAAACGGACCACUUGGUCGACAUCAUAGCAGUGAUGCGAGACGAUCAUCAAAUUUCAUAAAGACCAAUGUUGGACUCACCGAACAGUUCGAACGUUUCUGUAAUACAGAAUUUAAUGAUAGCAUAGACGAAGAAAAACUACAAUUCUCUCAAGACGACCACAAAGCUUACAGCAUCAUGAAAGAAACAAGUAGAUUGAACGAUGGUCACUACGACAUCACUCUACCUUGGAGAAAGGAGGAACCUUGCCUACCCAAUAAUAAACUAUUGGCACGACAUCGUCUCAACGUUUUGAAGAAAAGGCUUACGAAAAAUCAAGAGCUGUUUCAGAAAUACUUUGGAAGAGUUCAUUGGAAACUUGCUUAGCAUGGGCUAUGCGGAAAAGGUACCGGAAGAAGAACGUGAUCAAUCUGACGGACAUGUUUGGUAUUUGCCACAUCACCCAGUGUUCCAUCCGAGUCGAUCCGACGAAAGGAAAACUCCGCGUAGUAUUCGACUGUUCUGCGAAGUAUAGAGACAUUUCGCUCAACAGCCAACUUCUAACGGGACCCAAUUUGACCAAUACACUCAUGGGAGUUUUAAUGCGAUUUAGACAAGACUCAGUGGUGAUCAUCAGCUAUAUCGAGGCCAUGUUCCACCAGGUUCGCGUUGUGUGUAAUCAGCGAGAUUUUUUACGAUUCCUUUGGUGGCCUGGAAAUGAUUUGUUGCAAGAGCCAGUCGAGUAUAGAAUGAAAGUACACCUAUUCGGAGCAGUUUCAUCCCUAAGCUGCUGCAGGUUUGCAGUUCAGAAGACUGCCGAAGAUAACAAAGAUUCCUUUGAUGCAGAGACAAUCCAGACUGAAAUGCGUAACUUUUACAUGGACGAUUGCUUGAAGUCCGUGGAAAACGACCUUGUCGCAAUUACUCUGGUGCAACAACUCCGACAACUGAUGGUGAAAGGUGGGUUUCGCUUAACAAAAUGGUUAUCCAACUCUCGGCGAGUUCUCGAAGCCAUUCCUGAAUCAGAAAGAGCAGCUACAGUCAAGAACCUCGAUUUAGAAGAUUUACCCAUUGAAAGAGCACUUGGGAACCAUUGGAAUACCGAACAGGACGUCUUUGGUUACAACGUCACAAUCAAAACUCGUCCACAGACUUGGCGUGAUAUUCUAUCUAUAGUUACCUCCAUUUAUGAUCCUUUGGGCAUAUCAGCACCGUUUGUUCUACCAACUAAAUCGAUUUUACAAGAACUGUGUCGUAAAGGAGUUGGUUGGGACAAGCCUAUUCUGGAAGAGAAUCGGAUUCGGUGGGAACGAUGGUUAGCAGAAUUACCAAGAUUAGCAGAAUUCUCAGUCAAUCGUUGUUUCAAACCAGUCCAAUUUGGCCCAGUCGUGUCCUGCCAAUUACAUCAUUUCUCUGACGUGUCCGAAAGUGCUUAUGAUGCCGUAUCGUACAUGCAAAUGGUCAACCAAGAUGAGAAGAUCCACUGCGCUUUCUUGAUCGGGAAAUCGCGGGUAGCUCCACUCAAAUCAAUGACCAUACCGAGACUCGAACUGUCGGCAGCGACUGUUUCUGUUCGACUUGACAAGAUGGCAAGACGAGAAUUAGAAUUGCCUAUUGACGAUUCGAUAUUUUGGACCGAUAGCACUUCCGUCCUUUGCUACAUCGAAAACCAAGAUAAACGUUUCAAUACAUUCGUAGCGAAUAGAAUUGGUGCCGUUCGGGAUAAUUCUUCUCCGUCGCAGUGGAGACACGUUGAUGGGAAAUUGAAUCCGGCAGACAAUGCUUCUAGAGGUUUAUCCACUGAUGACUUCCUGAGCUGCGCAAGAUGGAUAAAGGGGCCGGAGUUUCUUUGGCGUCCGUCAGAUGUCUGGCCAAAGCGACCCGACGGCUUGGGAGAAGUUUUAUCCGAUGACCCUGAGGUGAAGAAAGACGUGACAAUGUGUAUUUCAGUUAAAGAUGAAGGUAUAAGGAUGGUUGAUUCAAUCAUUGAACACUUUUCAUCGUGGGCUCAAUUGAAAAAAUUUUUCACCUGGAUGCUGUGAUUUAGACAGAAUUUACUCGUAGCUUACCGUAAACGUAGCAAUGGAAAUUCAGCAAAUGAUCAUCAACAGAGUACCAUCAAGCCUAUUACUGUCACCGAAUUGAAGAUAGCUGAAAGGGAGUUGUUGAAGCAUGUGCAGAAAACGAAUUUUCCCGAAGGGUUAGCGAGUUGUCAUGGCGCCAUUGUUCCAGCAAGCAAAUCAACACGGGGGCAUGUGUAAAGAAUUAGAUCCUGUGCUGAUUGAUGGGCUAUUACGAGUUGGCGGCCGCCUACAACGCGCUUCGAUACCUGAGGAUGCAAAACAUCAAGUUAUUAUACCGAAAGCUCACCAUGUUACAGAUCUGAUCGUUUGUCAUUAUCAUGAAGUAUCUGGACAUUCGGGCAGAGAAUAUGUACUGUCACUGCUGAGGGGAUCAUUUUGGAUCAUCCAUGCCAAUACCGCUGUUCGAAGAAUACUAAGUCGAUGUGUCGAUUGUCGUAGAAGGCAAGGAUCUCCUGGGCAGCAAAAGAUGGUGGAUCUACCUGCGGACCGAGUCACUGCACAUCAACCACCAUUCACAAAUGUCGGAGUAGAUUUCUUCGGACCGUUUUUCGUUAAGAGAGGUCGGGCAGAAGUUAAAAGAUAUGGUUGCAUCUUCACUUGUCUGUCGACAAGAGCAGUCCACAUAGAGGUGGCCCAUUCUUUGGAUAUGAGUUCGUUUGUAUACGCCUUGCGUCGAUUUAUCGCAAGAAGAGGAAAUCCAAACCAGAUGAGAAGCGACAACGGCAUGGACAUUGUCAGUGGUGGAAAGGAAAUCCGACAAGCUAUUAAAGAAUGGAAUCAGAAGCAAAUUAACGAGUUCUUAUUACAACGAGAUGUACAGUGGCUUUUUAAUCCUCCAGGAGGUUCUCAUCAUGGUGGUAUAUGGGAAAGAUGCAUAAGAUCCGUCCAGAAAGUAUCAGCUGCCUUACUUCACGAACAAAGAUUGGACGAUGAAAGUUUGCCUACCUUCCUAUGUGAAGUUGAAGCAAUUUUAAAUGGAAGACCUCUUACAAGUGUCUCAAACGAUCCGAGAGAUUUAGAAGCACUUACUCCCAAUCACCUACUUUUGUUACGAGCUGGUCCAGAUUUACCAGCUGGUAUGUUUACAAAGGAGGAUUGCUACUCACGACGAAGAUGGCGACACAUGCAAUAUUUAUCGGACCAAUUCUGGAGACGCUGGACGCGCGAGUAUCUACCUCUUCUUCAAAGCAGACAGAAAUGGAACCGUUCCUGUAGGAAUUUUCGCGAAGGAGAUAUCGUUCUGAUAGUGAAUGAGACAACCCCAAGAAGUUCCUGGCCUUUAGCAAGGAUUACAGAAGUUUACCCCGACGUCAAGGGUCAAGUAAGAAAGGUUAAAUUACGGACAAAAUUAACAAUAUUAGAACGACCUAUAACUAAGUGCAUUUUAUUAGAAGGAGUGGAUGAGUUCUAAGUAACUGAACAGAUUUGAAUUGAAAUACUUUGUACAAGAUACACUUUAUCCAUAGUUAUUUCAAGGCGCCGGGAAUGUAACUUCCGUUAAUUAGAUAUUAACAUAAGAAUAGGAUAUUGACAUCAGAAUAUUUAAUAAGCUAUAAAUGCUUGCAUAAGAACCUUUUGGGUUAGAUAUGACUAAGAAGCUAAGGCUAUAACAUGUAGAUGUACAAGACAUAAUUAAGAUAUUCUACAUGAUGUGGAAUAAAUCUCUGGAUAACGUCAAAAUGAUUGUAAGUAUAUAUAUGUAUAUAUGUGUGCGAACGUUUAAUAUUUGUAGACCAUAUUGUUUAUACUUAAGUGUCUGUAAAUUUGUAGAAACCAUACCGUUACGUACCGAACAACGCUAUGUGA